CCCACCCCACCCAUCUCCUAAAUUGCAACCUUCACAGAGCUCCAACAAUGGCAGCAGAGAUGGCCUUAGUAAAACCCAUCUCCAUCUCCAAAUUCAAUCUAACCAGAACCCCCACCACCACCACCAAAUUCUCCACCACCACCACCGCCAUGUCCGCCACCACCACCACCACCACGACGGGGCCAAUCAGGGCAAAGGCGGCGAAGAAGGGGAUAAAGGAGAGUCUACUGACGCCGAGGUUUUACACCACGGAUUUUGAUGAAAUGGAGAUGCUGUUUAACACGGAGAUUAAUAAGAAGCUGAAUCAGGAGGAGUUUGAAGCUUUGUUGCAGGAAUUCAAGACGGAUUACAAUCAGACGCAUUUUGUGAGGAACAAGGAGUUCAAGGAGGCUGCUGAUCAGAUGCAGGGACCUCUUCGCCAGAUCUUUGUUGAGUUUUUGGAGAGGUCUUGUACUGCUGAGUUCUCUGGUUUUCUUCUCUACAAAGAACUCGGAAGAAGACUCAAGAAAACCAACCCUGUGGUGGCCGAGAUUUUCUCUCUCAUGUCUAGAGAUGAAGCCAGGCAUGCUGGGUUCUUGAACAAGGGAUUAUCUGAUUUCAAUUUGGCACUCGACUUGGGAUUCUUGACAAAGGCAAGAAAGUACACAUUCUUCAAGCCAAAGUUCAUAUUCUAUGCAACAUAUCUAAGUGAGAAAAUUGGAUACUGGAGGUACAUAACCAUAUACAGGCAUCUGAAGGCGAAUCCAGAGUACCAAUGCUAUCCCAUCUUCAAGUACUUUGAGAACUGGUGCCAGGAUGAGAACCGCCAUGGCGAUUUCUUCUCUGCUCUGAUGAAGGCUCAGCCCCAGUUCCUCAAUGACUGGAAGGCUAAGUUGUGGGCUCGCUUCUUCUGCCUCUCGGUAUAUGUGACAAUGUACCUCAACGAUUGCCAACGCACAGCUUUCUACGAAGGCAUUGGCCUCAACACCAAAGAAUUCGACAUGCAUGUCAUCAUCGAGACGAACAGGACAACUGCAAGGAUAUUUCCGGCAGUGCCGGAUGUUGAGAAUCCAGAGUUCAAGAGAAAGCUAGAUCGGAUGGUGGAGAUCAACCAGAAGCUGAUAGCAGUUGGGGAUAGCGAAGACAUUGGUUUGGUGAAGAACUUGAAAAGGAUUCCUCUGAUUGCUGCACUUGCUUCUGAACUCUUGGCCGCAUAUACAAUGCCACCCAUUGAAUCAGGAUCAGUUGAUUUUGCAGAGUUCGAACCUCAACUUGUUUACUGAACAACACUUUUUGGGAGAAAAUUUGUUUUAAUUAGUCUCUUUUCUUCAGAUUGUUGUAUGAGUCUGUAGUUUACUGUUUGUAAUCACCACAAACUCUGUACUGCAUUAUUGGAUAAUUAAAUUGAGGAAACACUGUUGUAAAGAGGGCAACCCCUACUUUUGUUAGUAUAUUGUGGUAGAAAUUUGGAUCA